AUGCAGACUGCGACUUCAAAUGUCGCCUACAAAAAGAAGGAUGGCACUCUUGCUGUAUCCGAGGAUGGGAAAUACCUCUUCUGGACUCCGAGCUCACCUUCAGGCGCGCCGCCAGCCGUGACUGUCCCGCUUGCGGAUAUCACGAAUCUUCAGCAGACUCCAGCGACAAGCCCGAAGGCACUUUUGAAGGUGCUCGUGCAGGAAGAAAGCUAUACUUUCAGUUUUACUCACGUCACGAAUGCACGUAAAGAUCAGGGAGAUAUAACGGGGGUUCUCCAGGAUAGAAUCGCUGCUCUCAAAGCGUCAAGCGCCGCUGCUCUUGCUGCCAAAGUGGCGGUAACCCCAGGCAAUAGUGUAGAUGAUCGCAUGCAGCCGGCAGCAAUGGCUAUUGCCAAAGCUGUAGCAUCGAAAGCCAACGAUGAGAGCUGGUACGAUGAUCGGAAACUGUUGGAGGAUAUUUCUCUACAGAAAUCACUGCUUGAUUCGGAUAAAGCACUUCAAGAUCGCCUGACUCAAGCCAUACGUGAUAAACCUGAGUCUGUGUCCAUACCGCAGUUGACAAGUCUGUUCUGGAGUGCCAGACUCCACCUGCUUCGUGCCCACGCGGUCGAAUCAGCACAAACGCAGGGCGAGUACAAUGUCCUACCAGAGAUCAAAUUUGUUAUAAAGCGUGCAGAAAAAGAGGGAGAGCCAGACACGCGGCAGCUCAACAUAACCAAAGAGCAGAUCAAGCUUAUCUUCAAACAGUAUCCUGUUGUCGCUGAGGCGUACAACGCGCACAGCCCGCCUAUGUCGGCUGCGGAAUUCUGGACUCGAUUCUUUGGUAGUCGUCUUUUGAAGAAGCUCAAAGGUGAGAAAAUCAUGCAUUAUGAUAAUACCGACGCGAUACUCGACAAAUAUCUUGAUAGAUCAGAUGGUGGACCUGCUUCCUCUGCUCAUGUUCCUCACUUUAUCGACCUGGAAGGAAAUGAGCAGAAUCAUAGUCAGCAAAAGGGUAAUAGACCCGAUCUAGAUAUGCGACCGUCAUCCAUCGACAAGGUUCCUAUUCUGCGCAUUCUCAACAAUUUGUCCAAGAAAAUGAUAGCCCAUGUAGCGCCGGAGGGUGGCGAAGCUCAUGCACCAAUCGGCAUUGAUGAAGAAAAAUUUGAGGAAUUGCGACUUCGCGAUCUCGCAUUGAACGAUGUCGAUAAUCGAAUUCGUUUGAAUGUAAGACAACAACGUACCGUUAGUGGCGACGCAGAUGGGCUAUCCACAGACGCCAAAAUAUAUGCCCAACAGAACCCGCAAGAGGUGCUUUCGACAGUGCGAGCAGAAUUACAGCCUCCGGUUCUUGGUGCAGACAGAGCUGGCAUCUUGAGGCUGGAUACUGCUAUUGGAUUUCAUUCCGACGAUGAUGAUGACGAUUCUGAUGAGGAAGAACACACGGAACAACAGGCCAACGGUGGUGCAAGUAAGGUUCACAAGGUCGCGAACACUCGGAUAGGGUCAAAAGCUGCACUUACCUCAGCUUCAACAGCAGUGUUCUCAUCUAUCAGACAACAUGCGCAAUCGGAGGCACUGGACACCACAUCGCUCGGCGGUCUCGACCAGGCUACAUUCGACACUCUUACCAUAACGCACAACACCACCACCUUCUUCCUACACUACUUUUGGACUAUAUUUCUCUCGGGUGAUGCUUCGCGCAGUACCGAGCUCGCGCAAAUCGUCAGCACUCUGGAUCGCUCAAUCGAUCGCAUCAACGCUGUCGCCGUAGCAGCGGAAGCUGCGCGAACGGCCAAAAUCGCGCUGAUCCAGAAACAGGUCCAGGAAAUAUACAAGAAAACAGGCAAGAAAAGAAGAGUUGAUUAUGAUACCCAGGCACCUCCUGGACGAAAAGUUGUGGACGUAAUGAUCCGGCCGACCGUCCUUGCUGUUGCGCGUGCUACAAGCGCAUACCGCACAGCUCUGGAGGAACAGAGCAAGGAUAUCGCUGCUGUCUGA